AUGAACAACUUUGUGAAUGCUGAUGCGUUGUGUCAUUUUCUGGUGAAACCACUUCAGUCACUGCCUUCACCAAAAGUAUCAUCUUUCAUAUUAAUCGAUGGGAUUCAGAAGGAAAAUAUUCCACUCAUAAAUCAGGUAAGAAUGGCUUCUCUCAUUUAUCAUUGAAA